AUGCUCAGUCUCACACAGGGAACUUUCGUCCUGGUCAGCGGUCGACUAGGCGAUGUCUUCGGCCAUCGAGAGCUUCUCCUGGCUGGCGGUGCCUGGCUCACCAUAUGUACGCUAGCCAGUGCCUUCUGCAACAAUUUCUUUGCCUUUGUGACGAUGCGCGCACUGGCUGGUCUCGGAGGAGCUUUCAUCAUGCCGAAUGCCGUGGCUAUGAUCUCGAGCACGAAUCCCCCCGGUCGGGUGCGGAAUCUCAGUCUGGGUCUGUUUGGGGCAUCUGCGCCCAUGGGAGGGUAUUUCGGGGCCUUGUUCCUGGGUGCGUUCUUGCAGCGGACGGAAUGGAAGUGGUUCUUCAUCUUCAUUGCCUGCUUCGGUGUCAUUACUUUUGUCCCUCUGUGGGCUCUGAGCCCACGUGAACCACCGGUCGAUCGGCAUGGGAAGAUUGACUGUAUUGGUUCGGCUCUGGGAACCAGCUCGCUGAUUCUCUUCAACUUUGUCUGGAAUCAAGCACCGAGUGUGGGAUGGUCCACGUCCUAUGAAAUUGUUCUGUUGAUCAGCUCCAUCAUCUUAUUCGGAGGCUUCCUUCUGUGGGAAAAGAACUAUGCCGCAGAGCCGAUCAUGCCCCUCGAUAUUUUCAAGGCCCCCUCCUUCCUGACGCUGCUUUUCGUAGUCUUGCUCAACUACAUGGCCGUCGGGACCGUGAUCUGGUACCAGGUGCUGUGGCUGACCAAGGUCUGGCACUGGUCCCCGCUGCAGUUCGCCGUGGGAUGGACUCCCUUCGUUAUCUGCGCCACAGGGGCUGCCUGCCUCGCCGCCUGGAUGAUCCCACGGCUGGCUGCGCAAUGGAUCCUGGCCAUUGGGACAGUGACAAUCCUUGUCUCCAGUGUGCUCAUGGCGACCGUGCCGGUUCACCAAACCUAUUGGGCUCAGAUCUUCCCAUCCAUUGUGCUGUUUUCCUUCUGUCCCGACUUUGUAUACACGGCUGGACAGAUCAUUGCCAGUAACUCCGUCCGUCGGAACCAGCAGGGCAUUGCUGGGUCGGUGAUUGGCACCCUGAAUCUCUACGGGUGCAGCCUCGGACUGGGGUUUGCCUCCACGAUUGAAGAUCAGAUUGCUCAGACCGCCGGCCAGAUCAUGGGGUACCGGGCGGCCCUGUAUUUCGCCGUGGCCAUCAGUGCGGUGGCCCUCAUCCUUGACGUAUGCUUUGUCAGAUUGGUCAAGGAUGAUCGUGAGGGGUGGCAUGAGAGCAAUGAGUUCGAGCUAAGCGAGCAAGCGGCAGCCACUGGGGUUCGGCUGCCCAACGCAUAG